AUGGGCUUGGGCUGGAGCAGCGCGGAGGAGCGGCGGCCCCUCCUGCCGCCGCCGCCGCAGCAGGCGCGGCCGCAGCCGCGGGUCCCGGCGGGGGUCCCGGCGGGGCGGCCGCCGCCGCUGUCGGGCCGCGUGUACGGGCGGCGGUGGCUGGUGCUGCUGCUGUUCUCGCUGCUGGGCUUCGCGCAGGGCCUGGUCUGGAACACCUGGGGCCCUAUCCAGAACUCGGCCCGCCUGGCCUUCGGCUUCAGCGGCUGGGACAUCGCCCUGCUCGUCUUCUGGGGGCCCAUCGGCUUCGCACCCUGUUUCUUCUUCAUGUGGCUCAUGGACAAGAAGGGUCUGAGGGUAACAGUGUUACUAACAUCAUCCCUUAUGGUAUUGGGAUCUGGCCUGAGAUGUGUUCCAGUUUCAGACCUAGAAAUUAGGAAAAAGCUGAUCCACGGCGGGCAGCUGCUGAACGGGCUGGCGGGGCCCACGGUGAUGAACGCCGCUCCCUUCCUCUCCACCACCUGGUUCUCUCCGGACGAGCGCGCCACGGCCACGGCCAUCGCCUCGCUGCUCAACUACCUGGGCGCGGCCGCCGCCUUCCUGGUGGGGCCGCUGCUGGUGCCGCCGCCCAACGGCACCGCGGGGCCGCCGGCGGCCCGCAGCGCGCCGCGCAUCCAGGACCGCAUCGAGGCCGUGCUCUACGCAGAAUUUGGAAUGGUUUGCCUGAUAUUUUCUGCAGCGUUGGCCUACUUCCCCUCGCGCCCUCCAUUCCCCCCCAGCGUGGCUGCAGCGAGCCAGCGGCUCAGCUACAGGAGAAGUUUUUGCAGACUCUUAAGCAAUUUCCGAUUCUUGAUGAUUGCUUUGGCCUAUGCAAUACCACUGGGUGUUUUCUCUGGCUGGUCUGGUGUUCUGGAUUUGAUAUUAACACCCAUUCAUAUAAGCCAGGUGGAUGCAGGCUGGAUUGGAUUUUGGUCUAUAGUUGGAGGUUGUGUUGUUGGCAUAGCAAUGGCAAGAUUUGCAGAUUUUAUCAGGGGCAUGCUGAAGUUCAUACUGCUGCUGCUUUUAUCUGGAGCAACAUUAGCAUCAACCUGGUUCACUCUCACCUGUCUAACUACUGUCACUCAUCUGCCUUUAACCACAGCUACACUGUACACAUCCUGCAUUUUGCUGGGUAUAUUCCUCAACAGCAGCGUACCAAUAUUCUUUGAGCUCUUUGUGGAGACAGUCUAUCCUGUUCCAGAAGGAAUAAGCUGUGGAGUUGUCACCUUUUUGAGUAAUGUGUUCAUGGGAGUGCUCUUGUUUUUCCUCACAUUUUACCAUACAGAGUUUUCCUGGUUCAACUGGUGCCUGCCAGGGUCGUGUCUGCUCAGCCUGCUCCUCAUCCUGUGCUUCCGCGAGUCCUACGACAGACUCUAUCUCGACGUCGUCGUCUCCGUGUGAUCACCCUGCACUGGUGAGGGCUCGGAAGAGACUGGAAGUCGGCUUUGCAGUCUGCACAUCUGCCUGGAUUUGCACAGCUGAAUAGCAGAAAAACAAAAAAUUGCAAGACUUAAUCGUGGCUUUAUUUAGAGAGGGUGAGGGAUGGGUCGUUCUUAUGUUCAAGACCAUCUUGAUUUGCCAUAAAUGUGGAACUGGAGUGGUGAUGGUGGCACCAAAAUGCACAAAGAGAAUCUCUCUGCUGUCCAGGUCCCUGUGCAGGGCUGGGGCUCUCUGUUGAAGAGGCUGUUGAUGUAGCAGUGAGGUGUAUGUUGUGUGUGCGUGUGUGCCUGUGUGCUGACUCACGGUUAUACACACCAGGGUACCAGUAAUCUUCAGAGUCUUCUAUCAGAAUGAAAAUAGGGAAUAAUCUUAACAAAAGGAAAAAAAUAAGAAAAGAAAGCAAAAAUAUUUUCAAGAGCUCUUUAAAAUCACUAGUCAUUUUUAUAUUGAAUGUUCAUUAAACAGUUAAGCUAAUAUGAUUUGGUGCUUUACACUACAUUUACAUUCUAAUAAAAUGGGUUCUGAUAUAAGACACUGGUACCAGGGUUUUUAGCCAUAGUAAAUAUCCCAAAUAAUCCUUGCAGUUAUAUUAGAGGUGUUUGUUACCACCCUGGAGCACAAGUAAACAAUAGCUUUAGCUGCCACUGAAUCCCAACCUGCACCCACAGUCAUUUCUGAAAUGUCACCAUGGUUCCGUAUGUCCUGAAUAUGGAGCAUCUGUGGUGUACUGGAGUGUCACUCUAGGUAAAUGUGGCUGUUCUAAAGGCCACCACUGUGUCACCUUUCCAUCCUCCAUCUCCAGUACUGCCUUUUUUACUGUUUGUGCCACUGAAUACUGUGGGUGUGGAUGUCUGAGUCCUGCUAGUUCUCUCCUGAUACUCUAAGGUGUGUGUGGUUUUAGGAUUAGUUUAUGACUGAGGGUGCCUAAACAAUAUUGCUUGUAACCCAAGUCUGGAGAAAUCACUGUUUCCUAAAAAACCCUUUCUAGUUGAGGAGAUGCAUCAUUGAUGGCGAAAUGACAAUGAGUUUGACAAUGAGUAACUCACAAGUUCUGGCAUAAUAUGGGAAAUUAAUGCCAGCUCUUUUUAUCAGUACUAAUCUGUGGUCAUUCUGGCCCUUACUUGAACAUAAAUAUUAAAGACACUUUGAACAGUUUUUUAACUCAAUUUUUAAACCUGCUAAUGAUUUCUUAAUUAUUUCUUAGAUUUCAGUUCAGCAUAAUUUAAAAUAUUUCCGUGUGUGUGUGUGUUUGUUCUGUGCUUUGUGUUACAGGGGUGUGUUUGUGUGUAUGGGGGCGUGCAUAUUUAUAUAAAUGUAUACACAAAUAAAACUUAUAUAUAUAAGAGAUACAUAUAUAUAUAUAUAUAUAAGUUGUGCAAGGGUAUGUGUUUCCCUAGGUUUACUCCAGAUGGUCCUGUCUGGGGAAGGUGAUGUGCCCUUGUUUGUAACCAAGCCAGUCACUGCCAUGAGUGGGGAUGCCUUGUGCACAGUCUGCGACAGGGAUUCUUUUCAGGGAAUGAUUUCCUGUCGUGGCAGUUCUAUGGCAGGGGGUGGGUGCACGUGUUGGAGGAGGCUCUGCAUCUCUAGAAGUUGAAUCAAGCCCCCUCUGCUCCUGUGUGGGGCUCUUCUUUGCCCCUGGGGCGACACCAACACGGUAAGCUCACUCAAAUAACCCAGAACUACCUUACUACCUUCCAGACUUGGAUCUGUUCCUUCUGCCUGCUCUCCUUUUGCAGAGAGAAUACACCUCUAAGACUUAACUCAGGAGUGUAUCUGUGCAGUAAAAUAAAAGAAGCUGUUCCCUGCUUUUGUUUUCAGAGCAAUUAAUGUACUUACUGUAGUGACUGAAAAUGGAUUUAGCUCAUUGCCUGUAUCAGCUGUAAAUAGUCUUUCCUGUCUUGAAGCAGGCUCUUUGUGGUAGUGGAGCUAACCUGCAUAGGGAAAAGGAAAUCGGUCCAACCAGCUCAUUCAGAUCCACUGGCAUCAUCCCUUACUUUCUAGAUGAGUGGUGUUAACAGAGCAGCUUCUUUUUACUACAUUUUAGUGCCUGAAUUAGUUUCAGCAUCCAGUAGCUGCUGCUACCUAUUGUCUUCUGAAACCAAGGAUCGUUUGCCAGGAGUCUGGAGUUUCAUUGUCAUGGCAGAACUGCAAGCUGGGAUGGCUCUUCAGAGCUCUGUUUCUGCAAUUUGCAGUAGCUAUAUAAAGAUUAAAAUUGCUCAACUUAGGCACUGUCCUGAGUGACAGAUUUCUGAUUCUUUCACUGUCCUGACUAUUUUAGGAUGGAGAAGCAUUUUACACAGUAUUCAGACUAUUACCUACUCUUCCUCUGUUCCAGAAGCCAUCAAACAAUUCAAAAUAUUUGUCAGUGCUUCCGGAUGCAGGCUCUUUAUAGUCAAGGGAAAAGAGUGAACCUCUUGUUUUAAAGCCUGUUGGUUGUUUCUCUGAGUCAGUGUGAAUGGCUCACUGUGACUCUGAGGCUUUGGUAUCUGUUUCUCUGUGUGGUGGGUUGACUGUGGGUGGACACCACGUGCCCACCAAAGCCACUCUGUCUUUGCCUCCUCAGCUGGGCAGGGAGAAAAUACAAUGGAAAGCUCAUGAGUUGAGGUGAGAACAGGGAGAGGUCACUCACCAGUGACCACCACGGGCAAGACAGACUCAACUUGGGGAAACUAGUUUAGUUCACUAGCAAUCAUACCACAGUAGGAGAAUGAGAAAUAAAACCUAAUCUUGAAAACACCUUCCCCCCAUCUCCUUCUUUCCAAGCUUAACUUGUGUUUUUUUCUCCCCCCUCCCCUCAGCAGCACAGGGGGACAAGGAAUGGGGGCUGUGGUCAGAGCAUCACACAUCUCAUCCCCUAAGGACUCCUCACAUUCUUCCCCUGCUCCAGCAUGGGGUCCCUCCCAGGAGAGACAGUCCUCCACAAAUCUCUCCAUUGUGGGCAAAGAACUCAGAACAAUCCUGCCAGCAAACCUGCUCCACUCUGGGCUCCUCUCUCCAUCGUGCCACAGCUCCUGCCAGGAGUCUGCUCCAGAAGGUUGCCCACAGCCUCCUUUGGGCAUCCAGCUGCAGGCAUUGGGCUCUCACAGGCUGCAGGGGAAUCUCUGCACUGACCUAGGUACCUACAGAGCUGCUGCUCUCUCCAGCUGUGCAGUGACUUCCUUUCCCUUCCUAAUCUGUUAUCCCAGAGGUGUCACCACCGUGGCUGAUGGGUUCAGCCUUGGCCAGUGCCCGUGCUCCAUUUGGAGCCUGGCUGGUGUUGGCUCUGUCACUCUUGGGGAAGCUCCCAGCUGCUUCUCAUGGACACCACCCCUGCAGCCCCUCACUGCCAAAGCCUUGCCAUGCAGAGCCUGUGUCUGUGUCUGCCUGGCACUGCAGUAUGGUCUGAGUUACAGCCACCAGUGCCCCUGCACUGAAGCAGGGGCUGGGCAGCCCAGCCAGGCCCUGCUGGAAACCUGCAUGGGGUUCACAGGCACCACUCUGCAGUCAGGGCUCAACCCGAGUUCUCAGCAACUCUGAUGCUGAAAGUCAAAGGAUUGCUCCAUUGCUUGAAGUUGUGCAGGACAUGGCUGCAUUCCACACACAGUGUUCAGGUUUAGGAUUUUAUUAGAUUAGCAAGUCUGGCUCAGGAUGGAGGUGAGGAUUUUAAAAGUGCUUGCUGAGAUCUCUGAAAAACAUUUUAUCCCCAUCUGUGCUCCACAGCAGCAUCCUUCUGUGGAUGUCCAGUCCAUGUCACAUCAGUAACACAACCCAUAGAAAUUUUUUGGAUAAGCAUUACCACUUGGUCUACCCUUGUUUGGAUUUAGCAAGAGUCCAAGCUGCCAGGCUGCCUGCACUUCAUUGGAAGUUUGAGUUUGAAGCACAGGGAGAGCCCUUAGCAGUGCAGCUGCAAUUAGCAGUAGUGCAGAAUAGACUCAAAACAGUUAAUAUUUUUCUUAAUAAUGAAAGUUCAAAGUCUCUCUAACUUGGGCAGUGCCAGCAUUGGCUGCUGCGUGGCCUGUGCCUAGCCAGCAGAGGAAGGCACCCUGAGAAGCCCUGGAAUAUUCUUCUCUUUGUGGCCUGUAAGUUCACACCCUGAAGAACCUCUUCCCCAGCAGUGCUGAGCCCCUUUACACAGGUAAUGGUGCUGUGGUUUGUGAUGGGAAUGCUGGGAGGGCUGCUCCAUGGGGACCACUCUCUCCUAAUGGUUCAUUGCAAACACAGGCUGCUCCUCAGGUUUGUCUGGCUCAGUGACACCCUCGGUUCAGCCUCCAGUGCUGCUGGCUCUCCUCCUGAGCUCUGGAGCUGUCUGCUCAUGGGGAGGCUCAGGAUUAGAAAAUGCAGGCUCCACUUACAGCACUGGUUCCUGUCUCUGGUCACUGCUGUUACUCAUUCACUUCCUCUGGCAUCCUUUGCCCUCCCUUGGGCCUGCCUGCUCCCCUGAGCUGGAGGUGUGGAGAAGAGAUUCCUUGCUUCCAGAGCAAUUUUACAGGGAAGGGUUGGCUGACCAUGUACUUAAUGUAUAUAAGAAUAAGGAUCCUUUUUGAGAAAAUCAUGGCAGUUGGAAUAAAGUGCAGACCCAAAGGAUUCUGCACAUACCAUGAACAGAUAUCUGUUACAAACAGACUGUAAUUUACCUGAAGCCUAUGAUUUUAGCUCCCACACCUAGAGAGGCCAAGCAGAUGGGCACCCUGUGUGUCAGGUAUUCAGGCUCACAGCAUCACAAUUAUUCCCAACAUCUGACAGAGCUGAAAGGAGUGGGAGUGGGACGUCUUGAAUCUUGGAGUGGGUUAGAAAAUCCCAGACUCUGUCAGUGUUUGUAAUGGGAACUUGGGAAAAGCAACAGGUUGAACUGAGUAACAAGAAGUGCCCAGUUCCAGGGGACAUUUCAUCACAAAAAUAUUCCAUUGGACUGAUGAAGUCCAUAUGCAAUUUGAAAUUUUGUGGCGACAGGGAUGUUAAUCCCGGGCUUGUCCUACAGUAAACUGAGCAAGUGACUGCGUGGCCUUGCACUGCAACAUAAACAAGCUGCAUUGAUUGAUGUGCAUGUAUUGGCUGUUACAAGAAUGGGAAAUGUGAUUUAAUUGUCAGGAGUGACUGAAAUAUGAAUGGGAAUUACAGUUUGCACAGUGGAUAUAAGUGCUCUGUAAUGGUGUGACAGCAGGGCUCUAAUUGUUCAUUUCUUUUGUUGGGUCACUUGCAAAUUAGUAAGUAUCUCUGACAAAGGCAUUUUUCUGUCUCAUUAGUUUUGAGGAGGUUCCUUUUAUACUCUAAGUACAGACCAUUGUAAUAACUUGGCAACACAACUGCUACACCGUGUGGAAACCUACACCAAUUCUGGGUAUUGAGUUGGUAUUUGAUGUUGGUGCUGCCAUUCUCAGGGUUGUCAAAGCACCACGUGUCAAGAACAGGGAUGUGGGGUGUGCAAGGAGCUGUGUGUGGAUGCACAGUUGUGCCAACCCUGCCAAAACACACAAGACCUUUGUCACCUUCCGUGGGUCCCAGCAUUCCAGCUGUGGGGGGAGAAGGGGGAAAUGCUGCCCUAUGGCUGCUGCCUCCUUUUCAUCAGGGAGAGCCAGGCAGCCUCCAGGUUCCCUGCUUCACCUGAGGGGACCAUCACCAUCAACACAGACUCCAUUUCACUGCCCUGCAGCCCUGACUGCUGCCAGGUGGGUUGUGGGUGGCACAGGAAUAUCUGCCUUGCUUCCUCCAGGAGUACAACUUCAGCUGGCAGAGAAUUGCCCCGGAGCAGGCACAGCCACAGUGAAGUCAGAAAAAGAUGUCAAUCUGCUCACAAUUUUUGCAGUUUGUGUUUCAAGAUGAAACUAAUAAAUAAAGGGAGAAAUGUAACUCUCUGCAAAGUUUUGACAAGCAAAAGCAAAUAUUUGCACAGAUGGGCUGGCUGCUGCCAAUUACUUGGGACUGCAAAGUUUUUGGAUCAAUUCAUGCCCCCUGCAGCCCCAGCACUGUUUCUUCACUGCUCAGGCCCAGCAGCACCGUGGGAAGCUUCAAGCCCUGGUGGAGGGCAGGGACUGGAGCACAGAGGAAGAAGGGAAGGGCUGAACCAGGACGCCCAGGAGGGGGGAUGCUGGGCACCUGGGCUAUUUGCACAUGAGGGGCAUCCACUUCAGCCCAGUUGUUUCAGAAUCUCAUUUUUUCCUUCAUCAAGGAUGAGUUUUGGACCUUCAUUUUCUGUUGGUGAUGAGAUUUGUGCCACGGGGUCAGGGAUGGCUGUGGUGGUGGCACAUGAUGUAGAGGUGUUGGUUUCCCAGGGUGCAGCAGGGAAGGCAGCUGGGACAUGCUCUCUGCUUUUCUCUGCACGGUCUCUCUCCCCAGUGCUUCAUCCAUGUGAUUUAUCUGCUUGGUGCAUCUGGACAGACUCACUGCACUCACUUUGUGUUGCUACAUGAAGACAAUACCAGCAGCAAAACCUCUUUAUGGGAAGAUUUUCCCUUCAGGAUGAGGCCACUUCUCCAACCUUAGUCCACGUGUUUGUCAAAGCCACAACAACCCCAAGCUCAUGUUUUUCUUCAGAGGGGAUGUGCAGGUUUGUGUGGGACAAGUCAGGGGGCUUGGGGAGGGAUUGCUUGGGGCUUGAGGUGCCCACCCAUGCCAGGGGAGGGGGAUGCUCCAUGUCCCUCCCCAGCAGGGACACCCUGAAUGUGCAAUGUAGAGUUGUGUUCCCUGACCCCUCCCUGCCCACAGCUCUUCUGUGUGCUCUGACCUUUCUGCUGUCACCUGGGCUGAGCCAGCCCAGCAGAGCUGCAGGGUGUCCCCAUGGGCAGCUUGUCAUCUGCUCCUGCUCCUGUGGGACAAUGAUGCAUUUUCCAGAUACAUUUCUUUUAUCUGCUUAUGAUAUUGGCUAGAUUAAAAUCUUUUUCCCUACCAUGUUUAAUGUCUUCCACUGCAUUUUAGAAAGAAGUACUUGAUAAGGUCAUAAAAACAGCUUUAGAUUAUGGGACACACCUAACAGUUGGGGUUUUUUGAACUGCAUGAACAUAUGGGUAAGGAAGAGGGUUUUACAUGUUGGAGAGCAUCUUUGUAAACUAUCCUCAACUUGUAAGACUGUUCAGUUUUACUGGAGUUUGUAUGCAUUUUACUUUUAUAGUUUUUUAAGUGAUUUGAUAGAAUUUUAUUUUAGGGCAAAUUCUACAUUUUGUAUGCAAUAUUCCGAUGUGGUGUAUUUUUAUUUUUUAGAAAAUAAUGUUGAAACCACUAUAUACUUGUCAAUGUAACAUAUCCAGUGUGUAAUUUCUAUUUAAAACUGGACUCUGAAGUGCGUGUUAUUUUACGUACUGGUUGUUGCACAUUAAAGAGGUUACUCAGUUUGCUGCCA